ACUUCGUGUCCAUGUCAGGCCUCGCCAACUUGGCCCAUCCCUCCCGACCCACCCCACAUCGCCACCGUCUCCAUUGCGUCUGGUGUACACCUCAACAUGACUCGGCCUUGCAAGUCGCCUGAGUCAGUGUGGUAUUUCUCCAUUUUUGUAGUUACAUUCGCUGUCGCUGCCACCUCAUCUUUUCAGUUGACACAUGCGAUUUGGGCCUUUCGCCUUCCAUAGUGCACUGUGGCCCCUUAUUGGGCAUCCCCCGUGCGCGACAUUUGUCGCCCCGUCCUUGUCGUCACUGCCCGCUCUUUGUUCUGCCCCAACGCCGCAUGCCCUGCUCCCUUGGGGAGCCUUCUAAUAACUCUGAUUCAAAGCGCGCUCUCCGCAAUCUGCCCGCGCAAUAUGUUUCACCUGACUCAGGAACCGCUACUCGCAUGAUCUGCCCACACAUUGCAUAUUGCGGGAGAUGUGGUAACACCACAGGAACGCACGCUUACUGGAAGCCCCACGCAUCGCG